AUGGCUAAAGAUAUCACUGCAGAGUACGUGGCUAAAGAGAUCACUGCAGAGUACGUGGCUAAAGAUAUCCAUACAGAGUACCUGGCUAAAGAUAUCCCUACAGAGUACCUGGCUAAAGAUAUCCUUACAGAGUACCUGGCUAAAGAUAUCCUCACAGAGUGCCUGGCUAAAGAUAUCCUUACAGAGUACCUGGCUAAAGAUAUCCUUACAGAGUACCUGGCUAAAGAUAUCCUUACAGAGUACCUGGCUAAAGAUAUCCUUACAGAGUACCUGGCUAAAGAUAUCCUUACAAAGUACCUGGCUAAAGAUAUCCUUACAAAGUACCUGGUUAAAGAUAUCCUUACAGAGUACCUAUCUAAAGAUAUCUCUACAUAG